GCAUCUCUUUAGCACUGAUUUCAUAUCCCAUCCCCCACAGAGCCAAUCACAAUGCAUUUGAUGUACUAUCUUGACGAGAGUGGCAAGCGUGUCUACACGCUAAAGAAGCUCACUCCCGAAGGUUCUGUCACCAAGUCCGCCCAUCCAGCCCGCUUUUCCCCAGACGACAAAUACUCCCGCCACCGAGUAACAUUGAAGCGCCGAUUCGGAUUGUUACCCACACAGCAAGCGGCAAAAACCUCGUACUAGCGUAGCAUGAACUCACCAUAUAUGCGACCAGUUUGGCACGAGCGGGGACAAGCACAGGAUCGUGGAUCACCAGCGCUCGACUGAUGACAUCGACUGCUGGACGCAGUCCCGCCAAUGAGAGUAGGCUGAAACUCUGUUGGGGUGGGAUUCUUGGCCUGUCCCGCUUGGCAACGCUUCUUUUGUACUGUAUUACUUGCAUUUGAUUGUAUUUUUUUGUAAUUAAUUUAUCAUCAGGCUGAAUUAUUCCUGGUGGGCGGA